AUGCGGUUGUUUGAAGCCCUGGCUAGGCUGGUCGAAAAUCAGGAGCGACUGGAUCGAGCCGGAAGAAGCUUCCACCAGUCUCCAAAGACAGAGUCGUCGUCAAAACGCACGAAACCGCGAUGUGCGACCCCUGACUUGCCGAGUGAAGAACAGCGCCGCAAGGACCGAGGGCGGGAGAUGAGAAGAGACUAUCACCGAUCUUACCCCUACCGCCAAUUCAAGGACCAACUUGUAGAAGAGCAACGCCGCAUCACCGCCGCAAGAUUUCGUGAAACCCGGGGCGAUGUUUCCGGAGCCUUGGGGAGCCUAGCGUCAAACCAGAAUGACUACCGCCUCGCGGAGGAGACGGUUAUGGAGUGCUGGGCUAAGCAGGGCAUCUGGAACGACAAGCGGCAGCCGAAAGGCCGCAGCUGGCGGCGGAGGCACGAGGAACCGCUGGCGCUUGACGCAGACGAUAAGCGCGACUCGGAGUCAUACUCCCUCUUUCACCUUUGA